AUGAGUCAUGAUUCGCCCCCUACUGAAACAAAAGACGAUGGGUCCAACAUCGCUCUCACAAGUAUAGAACCAACGCCUGCCAGGUCAGGGUCAACCAGUCCGACUUCACAAGACGGACGUUACAUUGGAUAUAGGCUGUUUCAGAUUGACGAAGGCACGAGCAUAGAUCCCGAAAAGAAACAGAUGAAAACCCUCACACAAGAGGACUUUGUCACCAAGCGACAGGUAGCACCACCCCCUGAAAAUAAGCUUCAUUUAUACUUUCUCCCUACCAUCAAGAAGGAUGAGGAUCAUCCCGGUCCAGGUCUUGUUGAGGACCAGCAAAUUUGCGAAAAGCUCACUGGCGCCCUUCAUUUAGAACCGUUCUUCUUGACGGAGAAGGCAUGGGACUCGAAUGGCUUUUUUGUUCAUAAGAGAAUCAUUGCCGGGAGCGACAACGCCUUGAAAGGUCAUAGCUACGCAGCACGCUUUCUCAUCAAGUUCCUUGAGCCGGAAAAAGAAGACAACGAAACCGCAGAGGAACACAAAGCCCCUUAUAAAUGGCUAUUCUUAUCAUUCAGCGUACUGUGGCUCAAAAAGGCAGGUAAAGUGACCUGUGUCGUUGCUUGUUACGAUGAUUGCGGAAUUCUCCAACACAAGAUUGAGGAAGCACUAGAAAGAUAUCCUCUCCGAUACGUCCAGUCGAAUCCUUUUGCUAUAUACGAUGCCUUCCUACGAUUGUUUAUUUGGCAAUACGAUGAGGGUAUCUGGAAGUUCCGAAAGCCAGUGAGAAAAAUCGAGAAGCAACGAGAAAAGUUUAUGAACACAGUAGUGUCACUCAAGUCAACCAAGGGCGCAAACACAACAAUCGUCCAAGAGUACCACAAGAUGCACGAACUUUCCCGCCAUGCCAUUCACAUGAGCGAAACCGUCCAAGUGGCAGCCCUUUCUGUCAAAUUAGCUUUGGAGAUUGUUGAAGGCCAACUCCAACGACUAGGACUAGUCGAGGACACUGAGAAAAAUGAUGCCAGAAACGUGAUCGAUGGUAUCCGAUUUUCUGCUUCAUUUAUUGCAGCAUUAAAGCUGAGAUCGGAUGCAUUUGUCGACCGGAUCGAGAACGAAAUUAAGAUGGCAUAUAAUAUUGUCAGCGUGUAUCAACUGAGCGAGACUAGAGAUGAAUCAAAAGAACUCACAAAGUUUGUGACUUCUUUAUCCCUCGUCUUCCUCCCUUUAACAUUCGUUGUGGGCUUCUGGGGCAUGAAUUUUGUCGGAUUGACUCCUGAACGAAAGCUCUACGUGUCUCGUGACACUUGGUGGUUUGCGUGGACCGGUGUCCUUGCGGUAUUCCUCGCUUGGCUUUUGUAUCAAUGGACAAAGUCUUUCAGGGAAAUAAAAAGAACGAUGAAGGCUAUCAAGGGCGUUAAUCUUAAGAUCACCUUCCUGCAACGCCAGCAAGGGAACGUUUUGCGCCGUACUGGAAGCCGCGAAUCUACAGGGCCAGGUCAUGUU